UAUAACCUGUCUGCAUUGCAAGGUAUGGAAUGAUGUCUGGUCCUGUUACUGUAGCUAUAAAACAUUGUUCCUUUGUCAGCUUCUCUUGUUUUCUCUAAUGACAUUAAUAAGAGAAAAAAUCAGUCACUAAAUUAAGAUACACUGCGGUUUUAGACCACACAGUACAGUUAGCAGGAAGAGGAACUGCUUGAGCUGCUACAGACACAGUGACAACUUCUCAGAGAAGCAGGACGCAAGAAAACUCUCACAUUUUAUUCAACAUCAGAACAAAUCUAACAUGAGCUGCUUUUUCAUUUUUAUUCUCUUCACUUCCAGUGUUGGCAGUCAGGCAUGGAGGCAGUUUAGUUUUAAAACUGGAGCAUCUGUCACCAUCCCGUGUCGUUAUGAUAGGACAUAUAUACAACAUAAGAAAUACUGGUGCUUUGACGCUUCUGCAGCAUACGAUUACUGCAAAAUUCAGGCGUAUGCCAAUGAGACACAGGGGAAAGUGACAGUGACUGAUAACCCAGCUGAGAGUCUCUUUACUGUGACUAUGAAUAAUCUCCAGACAGAAAACACUGGAACGUACUGGUGUGUUGUAGAGAUAGGUGGAAUAUUCUAUCCAGAUGUUAAAGAACAACUUCAUAUCACAGUGAAAUCAGAUCCUGAUCUGUCUGUGAUGGAGAGCAGAGUGAGUGGUGAGGAAGGAGGCAGCGUCACAGUCCAGUGUAACUACUGCACUGAGUAUCGGAAUAAACAGAAGCAGUGGUGCAGAUUUAUAGACAGCCGCUGCAACAAUAUGGGGAGGACUGCCACAUCCCAUAAUUCAGCAGUGCGGGUCAGUGAUGAUGGGAGAGGAUCCUUCAGUGUGCAGAUGAGUGGACUGAAGAAGAGUGAUGCUGGCUGGUACUGGUGCAGUGCAGGAGAUCUGCAGGUUCCUGUUCACAUCAGUGUCGGUGAUCCACCUCCAGAUCCUGAUCUGUCUGUGAUGGAGAGCAGAGUGAGUGGUGAGGAAGGAGGCAGCGUCACAGUCCAGUGUCUCUACAGCGCUGCGUAUCAGAAUAAACAGAAGCAGUGGUGCAGAUUUAUAGACAGCCGCUGCAACAAUAUGGGGAGGACUGCCACAUCCCAGAAUUCAGCAGUGCAGGUCAGUGAUGAUGGGAGAAGAUCCUUCAGUGUGCAGAUGAGUGGACUGAAGAAGAGUGAUGCUGGCUGGUACUGGUGCAGUGCAGGAGAUCUGCAGGUUCCUGUUCACAUCAGUGUCGGUGAUCCACCUCCAGGUAUUAUCACAUACACUGACCUCUACUUUAACAAAUGAAAAUCACACUGAUUAUUUUUCUUUUUCUUAGUUGUGACUACAGGACUGACUACAACCACUCACCAUGUCAGUACUUACACGUAAGUAGGAAAGCUCCAUUUUAUUUAG